UAGUGCAGCUCAGCAGACUAAACCUCCAGAAGCCGCUGCCUUGCCCCCCCCCCCAUUGUGCACUCUUUGCAGACAAAAAGCUGGAGUAUCUGCCCUACCCCACCAGGUCUGAGCAGACGCCUCAAGUCAGCACUUGUCUGUUUCAUCCAUAAGUGAAGACAGCUCUUCAAGUGACCUGUACCGUCCCCGGUCUCCCAGCAGGCAGGCAUGGCAGACGGUCGGCAGCCAGAUGAGCACUGGUCCACAAAUGGCCAAGAGAACGGCGAGAAUGGCUACUCCGCCUACAGCUCUGCCUACAGGGAGAACGGAUACCAUGGCGGGGCAGCUGCACAUCCUGGAGCGACAGUGGAUGACUCAGCCAAUUUGCCUCCCUCCCCUCCCCCCUCUCCAUCCGCUGAGCAGAUUGGGCCCGUGGCACAAGCCCAGCCGGAAGAAUGUAUCAGUAAGGCAUCAUGUGAGUCUGCCAUGAAGGAAGAUGAACCUCAAGAGGCGUCGCUACAUCAGAAGCAGUUGGCAAUUGAAAGACCAACACCUGAGGGUGCAGAUAUUGCCUUGAUCAAACCUCCUCCUCCCUCUGUGAAAGCGAAAGAGCUCCCUGACACUUCCUCAAUUGAGCAGGGUAACCAAGACAGAGAAGAUGUCAUAAAAGGGACGGCUGAGAGCGACUUGCUUGAAGCCAAAGCACAAGAAGCAAAACAACCUUUACUGACAGAGGAGUUUUCAAAACAUAAGCAGGAAGACAAAGAUGUAAUUGUCCUACCAAGCAAAUCAGGAGCCACUGUGGAUGAAAGCAAGGAAGAACCUGUAAAAGUUUUUGGUAAGGAGGGCCAAGAUAGUGGCAGUGACAUCAGAUUGCAUGAGAUGCAAGUAACUGACAUGCAAAAAGUGGACCAAAGGCAAGAAACAGCCAAGUCAAGUGCAGAACCGGAAGAGUUAAGAGUCACAUCAGAUAUUCUUGCAGAGCACGAGUCAGGAGCAAAAUCAUACUUUGAGACAUCCUCAAAAACCCAUGAAGAGGAGUCAUCACAAACCCAGAGCUAUUAUGAACUCAGUACAGCGUCAGAGACAAAGCCAAGUGGGGAAACUGAAAGCACUGUGCAGAAGCUAGAGGAACAACAGGACAGAAAAGCCAGAGCAUCUCCUGGUAAGAUGUCAUUAGAACAAAGGAGUCUCUCCCUAAACAUUACCGUUGGGUCUUCAGCAGGACAGACAAUGACUGGAGAGAGGUCAAAGGCCCUCUCAGAAAGGUUAUGUCCAAUCAGUGGAAGCUUUGAUGAAUCUGAGGUUUAUCCUUCAACACCGUCUGUGGAGAGCCAGCUCCAGUUUACACCAGCCGUCUCCAUUACCCCAACAACCACUGAAUCGUCUGACGAUAUCCCUACCAAGGUAGAAACUCCUUUACCUUCUGAUAAGCACAAUUCUACAUUUGAAGGCAGCCUCUCUGAGAUGUUGGACCUGGCUGGAGCCCUGCCUCGGCCAUCAUUGGAGAGAAGGGAGCUUGACCACGUGAGACGAAAGUCAAUGCCAAGCAAUGUAUCUGCUCUGGUGGGAAGUUCUUUGGCCAAGCUCGCCUUGGGAGAUCAGACCUCCAGAGUGGUGGGAGGGGAAAGCCAGCUGGAGGAACUGGGCUACUGUGUCUUCAGUGAGUAUUCAGGGCCCAUGCCUUCUCCUGCUGAUGUACCCAGUCCUGGGCACUCUCCGCACCAGCAUUUCCCUUCCAUGGAGAGUGAAGCUGAGGAAGAACUUGGGAACAAAGAAGUUGAAGGUGUUCAAAAAGUAAUGCAACAACAAGAUCAUAAAGGAAUUAUCCCUGAGAUCUCUCAAAAAGCUGUGUUUGAAAAGAAAGAUUCACCAGUCAAGGCUUCCCUGAUUCUUGAAAAAGCUGUGACAAGCGGAGUUAAACCUGAUCGCUUAAGAAUCCCAAUGACUUCUUCAAAGGACAGAUUGUCUGAGUUCCGUUUGGAGAGCGGCCUGCCUGGUGACAUAAAGAUCCAAGCAAUUCCGGAGGUAGAUGUUGAAAAAGACCCGUCCAGAGAGGCUUCUCCCAUCCCACCAGACAAUUCCUUCACUUUCACUCUUACGGAAAAUGGAAGCAAGGCUCCCCCAACUCCCACCACCCCCAAAUCCCCAGAUGAUACACCUCCAGAAACCCAAAUCACUGAAGAGAAGGCAGGGAAAGAUGUCUUACCAGAGGUCAAAGCAGAGAAAAGCCGAGAGGCUAAGAAGAUUGAUAAUAAACAGACAGAAUUAGAUGAGGGAUUGCAGAAAUCUGAGCAGGAGGAAUCAGAGGAAAGAAGUGAUGAACCAGUAAUGGCAUCGUCUCAGUAUUUAGAGAGCAAAGAAGAAGAUUGCAAAAAGAUUCAAUGUGAGCAUGGGACACCUACAAGAUUAGACAGAAUAGAAAAGCAAGAGAGCUCAAAAAAUGUUCAGGAUUUUAGCGCUGGAAAGCCUUUAGAUGAUAAAAAUACCCAAAUCCAGUUACCAGAGAUGACUCUGGAUAAAUGCUCACCAAAGCCACACAUAUCCUCCCCAGUCAUCAUAAUACCUCAAGCACAAGUCGAAGAAGAAGCAGAUGAAGAGGAUGAUAUUGAGAUUGCUGAAGAGCCUCAAGAGAUGAUGGAGGAGGAUGAAGUGCCUGUGCUCCCCAAGACAGAUCAAGCAGAGGAGCGCGUAAUCAAAGAAGAUGGAAAGGAAGAGCCAAAGAAAGAGCAGGUGAGGCUGAUGGUAGGCGAUCAGAUGGUGGAAGAUGAUCCUAAGUCUGGAGCAGAAGAAUGGAGUCAUAGUGCCCAAAACAGUGACAAUGGGGAGCCUGCGACAGACAGUUCGCACCUGUCUCCAUGCUCUGACCACGAUCAGUCGGUUGAGGGUGGCAGAGAUGAAGGCAUGGGAGAGGAUAAAGUGGCAGAAGACACACAAAUGAAUAGGGAUGAGGUGAAGAAAGAGCAGGGUGAGGCUGUAAAGGAAGGCCUAACGGUGGAGCAGGAGGUGGAGGAAGCUGUCUCUGAUGAGGUAGGUGAAAAGAAAGGGCAGAAAACGAUUGAAGAAGAGGAUGUGGGGGAGGAGAGGAUGGGAGAGAAGGAGGAAGACAUCGAGACUGGUCAGGAGAUGGAAGAAACCCAGACCAGUCAGGCAGGCAACGAUGAAACCACCAUGGACGUCUCCAUCCUAGAUACAGACAGUGGCUGGAUGGACUCACAAGAUGAUGACAAAAGUAUCAUGACUGAGCAAAUCGAAGCCCUUCCUCAGACCCAGAGUCCUACCAGUACAGCUGUGGUGGACAGACCCGCUAAACGGGCCCCUGGCAGAGGAAGGGGCCGCCCUGGCACCACUGAGAGUAGAGCAUUCCGCAAAGUAACCAGCCACCAUCCGCCAAGAGAGGAGAUGAAGAAGAAAAAAGUAGGCGCGAGGAGGGCUGACCAGAAUAAGGUGUCAGCCCUCCAAAGUCGUUCUCCAUCUCGAAAGAGUGUAGCCAAAGCGGCAGCCAGACACCCUAGGCCUGCUCUGCUUCACGGCUCUGCUAGACGCAAGGCCACAGGUAUGGAAAGCUAUCAACCCCUUAGUGUGGCCCACCAGUCCAGGGAGAGGACCACUGAGAGAGCGUACCGCAGCCCAGAGAAGAGGUCGUCCCUGCCCAGGCCUGCCAAAUCUCUGACGCGCCACAUCCCUGCUGCUGAGCAGGAGGACAACAGCACCCCCUCUAGGCCAACCUCGUUCCAGUCCAGAGUGGACAGCAGGUCUGGAAGAGCCCCUGGUAUGGCAGGCACAGAGUCGGCACGUUCCCGAUCAGUCCGCAGCGGCGCCUCCACCCCCGGCUCCUCCGCCGUCACGCCGGGCACGCCCCCCAGCUACUCCUGCCGCACCCCCGGCUCACGCACCCCCGGCAGCCACACACCCAAGUCCUUCAGCGUCCUCCAGGAGAAGAAGGUGGCGGUGAUCCGGACCCCGCCCAAGUCUCCUUCCUCCGCCCAACGGCAGCUGAAGGUUCUCAAUCAGCCCCUGCCUGACCUGAAGAAUGUAAAGUCCAAGAUCGGGUCCACCACCAACCUCAAGCACCAGCCGAAAGGCGGACAGGUCAUGAUCCCGAGUGUAAAACUGGACUUUAGCCAUGUCCAGGCGAAAUGUGGCUCCCUGGACAAAAUCCAGCACGCGGCAGGCGGGGGAAACGUCCAAAUCCAGUCCAAGAAGAUCGACUUGAGCCACAUCACCGCCAAAUGUGGCUCCAUGUCCAACAUCCACCACAGACCAGGGGGAGGCAACGUGCGUAUUGAGAAUGUGAAGCUGGACUUUAAAGAGAAGGCCCACGCCAAGGUCGGCUCCCUGAGCAACACCAGCCACACUCCUGGAGGGGGGAACAUCAUGAUCGAGAGCCACAAGCUGAGCUUCCGGGAAUCGGCCAAAGCUCGGGUGGAUCACGGCGCGGAAAUCGUCAUCACCCACUCCCCUGGCAUCGAGACGGGAGGCACUUCCCCUCGUCUGUCCUCCGCCGGCAGCAUCAACCUCCUGGAGUCGCCCCAGCUCUCCACACUGGCCCAGGACGUCACCGCUGCCCUGGCCAAGCAGGGCUUAUGAGCGGGCUGCCCCCGCUUUGGAUACCCUCAAAAAUCCACCACUCCUCCUCCCAUCAGUCUCAUUCACUCAUCCGGUGUUCUCCCGAGGUCCUUCACUGCAACACGACCCCCACACACUUGAUCCGACAGGUUCUACAGUUGUUGUUGAUUGACCGUCAACGACCCCUCAGCCCUUCCAGCUGGAUUUUAAAAACUGAAUUCUAAGGUUAUUCUUCACUCACGCCCAGUCACUCUUUGUUUUUCAUGCGUUUCCUUCACUCAAACAUGGACUUUUCUGUUCUUGUCUUAGAUGAGCUGAAUGCUGCGGUUUGAAUGGAUGUGUUUGUCCAAGAAGGCAUUGACGGUUUUAUGAUUGUACAGCGAUUUUUAGUGUGAAAAGCAUCACAUUCCAUUUGUAUGGGGACGAACGAAGACAAAACUCAUGCGUAACGUCCAUUCAGAAUUUAUAUGGUACUGAAUGCAAAAUAUUACUACUAGAUACUAGACGCUAGUCUUUAAAGAUACAGCUGUGUGAGAGACUUAACUUCCAGAAACAUGUAACCGUACCUGCAAAAGAGUGGCUGAUGAGCAUGUCUGCUAAAAUGUGACUUUUUAAGUCAAACGACAUGAAUUUUUCUUUGUUCGUUGGUUGGAUUUAAUGUUAUGAUUUCCUGAUAUGUGCUGAAUUGUUGGACAAGUUGUGCUCUCUUGUUCUGUUUUCUUUUUAUAUAUGUCACUGUAGUGGAAGUUGUUCCAGUUUUGUACGUUCCCUGUGGCUGCACUGGCUUAUUAGCACUUAAAUGUGGAUAACCAUUGCAGUUGUGUCGAGUCAAGCGCUAAAAGGCUAGCUUUCCAAUAGAAAAAAAAACGAUUUUCUUUUUUUUGCAAACCUGUGGGCUGCUCUUUUUGUUUGGUUUUACAUUAGUUCUGUGGUUUUAUUAGGCUGCAACAAUGCUAUUAUGCUGGCAUGGCAAAUACAUGCAUAAAGUAGGAAAUAAACUUUACAGUGUGAGUGUAAAUGGCCGGGGUGCAUUCUAGUGUCUAUACCUCAAGGCCCCUCAUGCUCCUGUGACCUUUCUCUUGCAGAGACCGGGUUGUACGAUGAAUCUGAAUGGGCGGCGGGCCCAGAGUUCGUUUGAAACGUGGAAAGUAUGAAGCUUUAUAAGAGAACAUUCCAUUGAAAGAGCAGCUACUCGGCCCUUUUGUGCGAUUAAACCAGUAACUUCACAGGAAAUGAAGGCAGAAGUGAAGAAUGGGAGUAACCCUCAACUUGCAGCCGUUAGAGUUCAUAAAGAAAAAGAAUAAAAAACAACUGUUCUAGCAUAUUCUCUGAUCACCAUUGUGCAACUCCUCUGCCCCCCUUCUCCUCCUCCCUAUGUCAGUUGCCCCUCCAGUGUUUUUCUGUGCUUCCUAUGCUCUUGCCUCCCUCCUCCCCAGCCCCUCUUUGCCUGUGUAAGUGUAUUUAAAAGACCAUGUAGAUGUGUGCACACUUUUCCGAUGUUUGAGACGUACUGAUGACAAAUGCUCCUACAGGAUGAC